AUGGAAAACCCCCCUCUUUCGCCGUUCCCAAAGGCGCAUGGAAUGGCUGCAUGCCAUGUCCAGUUACAGAGAGCGCUUCAGCAAGAUGCAGCCGACUUUGACACAUCUGAUGUCGAGCCCCUCGAAUUGCCAGGUGCUUCCGACCAUGAUACCAACCACGAUACACCGCCGUCGAAGCCAUCCAUCGUGACGCCAUCCACGCUCCUUGGGCCUAAGAUCACCAAGCCAAGCCACAUUGAUAUGCCGCCACCUCCCUUUGCACCUGUGUCGGCUCUUACUGUGUCGGCGCUAUUGUCGCGGUCGGGCCAGGUCCAUCCAAUCUCAACGCACAUGAGGCGUUCGGAGGAUGAUCUGCGCUUGUUGCGCCGGCGUAUGCCGAAGCAGAACACCAUUGAAGAGGAAGAGAGAAACGAUGACAUGGAACCAACUCACGCGGACGCGCUCAUGUCCAUGAUGCCCUCUUUGCUUCGUGACUUUUGGUCGCAAGAACCAAGCAGCCGAAACAAAAAGGGCUAUCGGGCAGGGAGGUACCAUACCGGUAGUGCAUUGGAAGCUAUUGGUGCGCUUUUCCUGCGGCAGGAUAGUGCGGGCCGACUUGACCAGCUCAGUCUGAAUGAGAGCCGACAUCGAGUCUCGUCUUGGCGUUGGCGUUUGCCUCUAUGGAUCAGACACAUGGAAAUCGGCCCGCUCAUCUUGUUGCUGGAGAAUAUUCGCCGGCGUGUAGGGUCUUGGAUCAUUUCUAAGGAGCUUCCCCCGAGUCCAGAGCGACCUCGCUCGUUUCAUGGCACAGAUGAUCUACCGGAGACACCACUGCUCAUGCCCGGUGGCUUUAUACCCGAAGACUCGGAUGUCCUCAUGUUGCCACCACCAUUGCUCGACAACCAUGGCCGGGACGCGUGGAGUUUCGAAGGUCUGUUAGGUGUGCGCCGUAUGCGUGAGCAGCUCGAGCGACAACAACGCGUCGACAAGAUGCUCAAAUACCACCGUCCAGCGCACCGUGUCGAUGCUUUCACAGCUUUUAUGAAUUUUGUGCGCUCUGCCAAAGCGUCUGAAUCGCGCCAUUAUGCCCGUCAUGCGCUUGUUGGACCUUCACAGGUGCAGCGUCGAACGCCGCAUGGGCUGUGGAAACAGCCACUUGUUCUGUCACAGGCCAAGGCACAUGUGAUGGAUGAUCAAAUGCUUCCGAGUCCUAAAUCUACGAAGAGGUCUUCCCUGGAAUUUCUCGACCUGGCGACGUCAUCACGAAAACGCCUGAAGCCCAAGAGCGUGUUGACGGAGCAAGUAGCUCUCAUGCCAUCUUCGCAAGACAAGACACAAGAGGCUACGACGCUUGGUGUAAUGUGGAUUGUGUUGUCGUACGUAUUUGUGAGCGUCGCCUUUGUUCCCGAUUUUGUUGUGUUUUUCUUGGCACACUCACUCGACCUGCUCAUGGAUGCAUUUGAGUUCUUGUCGUACAUAUUUUGGUUCGUGCGCUGGGUCUGGCGGAAUGUGACCGGCCAGACCAUUCUAGGUCGCAUCAUAAUUGAGGCGUAUGUGCUUUUCAAGAGAGAGUGGGAGUACGUUAUCCGCGAGGACCAUGAAGAGAGUGCGGAUCGGAUGCAGCGCUUUCUCGGCAUCCCGCUGUUUUGCCGUCCCCGCGGUCUGAGCACAUUCCAGGUCCUUCGUGGCUUCAUUGAGCUUGCGUGUGUGCAGGCAGUGACUCGUGAACAGUAUCAGCGAGAAGGCGCUGGUCUGAUUUGCCUGGGUGUGCGCCAGGAAGUGGCCUCGAAUUCCGACGUGGAUAAUGAUGAUCUUGUUGUUACGAGCCAAGGCAACGAUAUCCUCGAACUGUCGCGUACGCUUGGCGCUGAGACUCAGCCAUGUGAGCGUACUCUAUGGGAGGAAGAAGAUAAAGCAGCUCUGGUGCACAAUAUCAAAUGGGCGUCACAGCUGGCGAUAUCAGCCUAUGGUUUGCGUGUGCUGAUUGUGGAUUUACCACCGGUAUUUACGCCCUCGGGCAAGCAGCUGCCGAGGCAAACAUUUGCGCACUUGUCGCGACUCAAAACGGACGAUGUUCUGCAUGCUGAUAUCCAGACUCUUGAUAUGGAGGCGACCUACAUGCCAACGUUUUAUGUCGUACGGGACAUGCGUCGCAAGGUUGUAUGUGUCGCCGUGCGUGGAACACAGAGCUUUGCAGAUAUCGUUGUGGACCUCGACAUGAAGACCGAGGACAUCACAGCCAGUUUGGCGGAAUGGCGCGGAAUCCCGAUCGAUGAGGGCACUGAGCGAUACGCUUAUCAUGCAGGUAUAUGGCGAGCUGCCAAGAGCCUCGUGGCGCCUGGCUCAACGUUGUUCAAUAAGCUGCAGGAGACACUGACAGAGCAUGAAGACUUUGGACUAGUGUUUGUGGGCCACUCGCUCGGCGGUGCUAUUGCGAGUGCCGCUGCCAUUUUGCUCUCGGAGUAUCACAUGGAUGCACCAGAUAUCGAUCCCCGCAAGGGCAUGUGGCGGACCACGUCACAAGGUGGCUUUCCUGGUGGACGACCUAUCCGGGCUAUUACCUUUGCGCACCCAUCAACUCUGUCACACACACUGAAUAGACGCACAUCAUACGGUGUUGUGCCGCUCGUUAUCAGCGUCAUUCUCGGCAGUGAUAUUAUUCCCCGCUUUGGCCACGGGCAAUUACGUGAAUUGCGACGCGUAUUGGGCGCGUUGACACGCGUCCGUCGACGUCGAGGCUUGGUGCCCACAACCAUCAGCAGCCAUCUCGAUCACAUGUCUGAAGAUCAAGAACUGUCUGUACAUAUUGUACGCCGAUUCUGGGACUGGCUCUCAAUCUGCCGCACUCGGCACCCUGAUGCAGUUAUGCUUGAUAAAAAGAAGCGACUCGAGGCGCUGUUCUGGCGGCUGCGUUGCGAAGUCGAAAAUGAUUUGUAUGCGCAGGCUAAGCGCCGAUUUGAUGAUGCUGCCUCAAGUCAGACGCUCGCAUCCACUGAACCGAUAUCGCCUUGGGUCCAAGCCCAGCGGCGAAAUGCACCGCUGCAUGCCCUGUCUGCCCGGCGCCAGCGCCUCGAUUAUGCUACAUUAAAGAGCGAAUUCGCACAAGGUGGUGUCCUAGUGCCCGCCGGCCGCGUCUUGUGGCUAUCUGACGAAGAACUGUAUGAAAUCACGAAUCCCAUGGCAUUUUUCAGCCUCCCUGAUCUACAUCCAUCCAUGUUCGCCGAUCACUUUCCUGCCGCUUACGAAGAAGCUAUCUUGGCUUUGUCAUAG